CCUACGUCGGCUUCCUUCCCUCCAGAUUGUCUAUCCGAAGCCGCAAACGCAAACGCAGGAACGCUGCUGCUAAUUUCACUCCUUUCCUUGUUUUCUUCUCUCCUCGCGCUUCUCCCCCUUAACCAUUCGCCACCACCACGCCCACCUCGCCGCCAUCGACCUCACCGGAACCCUAGCUAGGGCGUAGGCUUCACGACGAUCGCCGGCGACACGAUCGGCGCCGGGGCCUCUCCGCGAGGGGCGAUCGCGGGACCGUACGCGCCGCCGCUCCCUCCGCCGGAGGCCAUGUCGGGAGGCGGCUGGCCGGCGGCAGCGCAGCAGGUCGUGCAGUCGCUGCAGCGGUGCUCGCCGCUUGAGCCUGCUCGGAAGCCCUUUGCUGCUGCGCUCGGCGACUACCACCGGUUCCCCCGGCCGUCGUCACCUCCCACCGCGGCGACAGCGCCCCGGGCCGGUGGGCGCGGUGAGAUCGAGGAGGGCAUCGGCGUCAGGACACCGCUAAAAAGAAAAACUCCCUAUGGAGAAAGUGAUACUGCUGAGUCAACUGAAUGGAUGAUAACCAGCCCUGUGUUCACUAAAGGAGUUGGCACUCCACCUAUGACCCCAGUUUCUGGGAAAGCUGCGAGGACAUACAAGUCAAAGGCUACAUGCAGUAAAGCUGGACCUCAGACACCUGUAUCAAAUGCUGGUUCCCCUGGCAAUCCACCUACUCCGGCUGGUUCUUGCCGUUAUGACAGUUCAUUAGCACUAUUGACCAAAAAGUUCAUCAAUCUGCUCAAGCAAGCUCAAGAUGGCAUUCUUGAUUUGAAUAGUGCUGCAGAGAUGUUAGAUGUUCAAAAGCGCCGCAUGUAUGACAUUACAAAUGUCCUUGAAGGAAUUGGGUUGAUAGAAAAGAAGCUGAAGAACAGAGUCCGUUGGAAGGGUUCGGAUGACUCAGGAACUAACUUGGAUAAUGAUAUUUUGGUUCGGGAGACAAAAGUUGAAAAUCUUAAUCUCCAGGAGCAAGCAUUAGAUGAACAUAUAAGUGAAAUGCGUGAAAAGCUAAAGGAGUUCAUUGAAGAUGAAAGCAAUCAGAGGUGGCUAUAUCUUACCGAAGAUGACAUCAAGGGAUUGCCCUGCUUUCAGAACCAAACACUAAUUGCAAUAAAAGCACCUCAUGGUACUUCUGUGGAAGUACCCAAUCCUGAUGUGAAGGUUGGUGAUUAUUUUCAAAGGAGAUACAGAAUAGUAAUACGGAGUACCAUGGGUCCAAUUGAUAUCUACUUGGUUAGUACUAGUAAAUUUGAGGAGAAAAUGGAGGGAAAGCUGGCUGGUGCUGCAACACCGUCCAGAGACACAAAUGUGGCAAAACAUGCCACAAUAGAUGCCUCCAGAACAAUAGAAGCUGGACAAAGGAGUGGAACCAAGGAGGUGUUGCUUGAUGCUCAGCAUAUCGAGAGAACUCCAGAUCUAAAUGCUUCAUAUGAUUUUGAAGGAGCUAUGAGGAAGAUUAAUCCAUCAGAUGUUGAUAGUGAUGCAGACUACUGGCUUCAUGCAGAUGGCGAUGUAAGCAUUACUGAUAUGUGGAGAACAGCGCCAGAAGUGCAGUGGGAUCAGAUAGACCCCAACGAUUUUUUAGUUGAAGAGGUAAGCACUCCACACGCCCUCAACCAGCAGCCAGCUGCAGUGGGUGAACCUACAGCUGUGGGCUCUAACUAGGGAUAACCAAUAAGUUUAUACAGUGCAUUCUCGUCAAAUCGUAAUGUGAGCACAGGUAAUUGAGGAUGUUUUGGAACAAACCAGAGUUUGUUUUUUUGGAUGGCAAAUGUUCUCUGUGGGACUCGGACUCGAAGGCUGGUAUCACAUUCAACAUACUUUCUACGGGAGGAAGGUAGUCUGGCAGUGGUUAAGAUGUACAUGCUGAUAUAGCUUUUUGUUGUGGUCUGGCGGUAUGUGUUUGGUAACUUAUAUAGAGUAUCACAGGACAAUGUUCCGGUUAGGUUUUACCCUUGCACUGCCUAUUCAGGUAACAUUUUCCUACGUACGGUUGGUUCAGGCAUGUAGCCGUCUUAUUCUGCCUUGAAAUGAGGCCACAAUUUUGUGUACAUAU